AUGUCCGGAUCCACCCAUAAUGCCUCUGACCCGCCCUCCAAAUCACUUCCACUGGAGAUUCACGCCGCCACCAGAUCUUACCACACAUCCCUCAACCGGCUUAUAACCUCACGCCUCCCGCUCUGUCUCCCACCUUGUGCAUGGGAGGCAUCUACAUAUCUACAUGGCAUCAGUACCUUUGCUGAGAUCUACCUAACUUUUGAAAGCGAAUGGAUAUCCAUAGUCUCUUCUACGGCCUCGACAGAUGUCUCACUCAGAGCCCAGAACCUCCUUCGAGCUCCCUAUCAACCAUCUCUCCUCAGAUCCGCCAGACUUAAAAACGACCUCUCCCUCCUUUCCCACCAAUAUGCCAAGCACGAAAGACUCCUACCCUUGACCAACCUUACCGCGCGAAUACGCACACGCAUCCAAUCCCGCCCACACACCCUCCUAGCCUACACAUGGAUAAUGUACCUCGCUCUCUUCAACGGCGGGCGCUGGAUCCGCGCCCAACUCCUCUCCGCCGCCAAUUGCACCUCACACGAAAGCUUCUGGCCCGACGGCCACUCCGCAGAAGAAUGCCUCACCUUCUGGCAUUUCGACGGCGAUCAGGAUGGCGAGGAUAUCAAGAAUGACUUCAAAACUAGAUUUCAAGCUGUGGCUGCUCAGCUGAGUAAGGAGGAGCGGCAGGAUGUGGUUGGUGAGGCGGUAGAGAUUUUCAAGAUGUGUGGCGUGAUAGUGGAGGAUCUGGAUCAAGCGUUCGCUGACCAGGACGGAAAGGAGGAGCGGAGAUCGGUUACGCCGUCGUCAACGGCGUUAUUCAUGACGGAACAGCUCUACGGCAUCCUGACUUGGAUUUGCGGCCUUGUGUGGGCUGCUGUGAACAUCAUGGAGAGAGGAGGCGGCCCUGCCGGACACGUGAUGGUGAGCAGGGAAGAAGUAGGUGUAGAGAGGCGGUGA